UUGCUACAUUUUAGUGAAACUAAUAUUAUUAAUAAGUGAUAAAAGACAAUAAUAAUUGAAAAAAAGACACAAACAAUGGCCGAACACUCGGAACUGGUAUCCGAGAUGCCGGUCCUUGAAAAGCUAAGUACUCAGGAGAGGCUUAAGUUGGCCCGAAAGAGACGGACACAACAAUUGAAGAAAUGGUCACAAAGAGAGAAGGAGUUGAACAGCAAAAGACGCAAAUCUGAUGCCAAACCCGGGAAUAACAAGAAAACCGAAUACAAAGUCCAUUUUGUGUCAUCUGUUAUGCUCUUAGAGGCCGCGGCUCGUAAUGAUGUCGAUGAAGUGAGACGGUUAUUGAUGUUAGGUGUGAGCUCUGAUUCUACCAAUGAGGACGGAUUAACUGCUUUACAUCAGUGCUGUAUUGAUGAUAGCGAGGAUAUGAUGAAACUAUUACUAGAUUUUGGCGCAAAUGUCAACGCAAAAGAUAGUGAACAGUGGACACCAUUGCACGCGGCGGCCACUUGUGGUCACUUACAUCUCGUUAGAUACCUGAUCAGCAAGGGUGCCGAUCUCCUAGCAGUUAAUGCCGACGGAAAUAUGCCUUACGAUAUCUGUGAGGAUGAGCUGACACUUGACUUUAUUGAGUCAGAAAUGGCUAAAAGAGGUAUCACUCAAGAUAUGAUAGACCAAACACGUGCUACCAAUGAACGAAAAAUGUUAGAAGAUCUCAGAAAGUUGGCCGCUUCAGGUCAUGACCUCGAAUAUAGGGAUAGUCAGGGCGCCACUCCGUUGCACAUCGCCGCUGCCAAUGGAUAUAUAACUGUUGUUGAGUUUUUAUUAGACAAUCACGUGUCAACUGAUGAAUGUGAUAACGAUCAGUGGCAGGCCAUACAUGCGGCAGCCUGUUGGGGACACCUCGACGUCUUAGAGCUUUUAGUACAAAAUGGCUCCGAUGUCAACGCCAAGACUAAAAAUGGAGAGACACCUUAUGAUAUCUGUGAAGAUCCCGAACUUAAAGAACGCAUAAUACAAUUGAAGAAUGAAUUGGAGACUAAAAAGGCUACGCAUCCAAAUCGACUGAAGAGGUCGCUCAGUCAGAACACUAGAAGUCAUUCAGUCCGCAGGACUAGUAUUAGAGAAAAGUCGCAAAUUGCCAAAAGAGAGGCUCGAGAAGAGGCUCGUAUUCGUCACCAAAAAGAGAGUGAAGUCGACGACGACGACACGCAACAGACAUCCGAUGCCAAAGAUGGUGACACCAGUGACUCAUCACCGGCGCCGUCAAUUGAACACACUUUGCCAAUACAUACCAAUGGAUACGAUCCGAACAAUGUUAUCGAUUUGAAUAACAUUGAGCUUAGAAUCGAUUCUCACAAGAAGUCUAUUGAUUCCGAUUCAGACGCUUCUUCACAAAACAACAUACAGUCGACUCAGUUUGUAAAUAAUGUCAACAAUAAGGAGGCGAUUGUUAUUAAGAAUACGGGUUAUACGGAUCAGGACAACAAAACAGAGUUAAACAUUUUGACCAACUCUACAGAAAGCCAGUCAUCACAGUUGGAAUCGACCCGAGGGUCUCUAUCUGGAGAGUCACUUAAAGUUGAGAUUCACGUAACAGUCAACACGUCCAACAACAGCAACAACAACAACAUAACGUCAUACAAUUCGGGCACUUUAGCCGAUCUUAAAGAGAAGCGCCGGGAAAAACACCGCAACAGUCUAUCUCAGUCUUCAUCGUCUGAUUCGACGGUCAACCGCAUGAUUGAACCAAAUCGUAGUAAUUCAGUGACAACUGUUCCACAAAUUAAUAAUUCAUUCAACAAUGGCUCGCAAUUGAAUCAUAAAUUUGGUUACGAGAGCCCACCAUCACCAACGACUAACAUAAGGAAAUUUAAGGGAAAUGCCAGCGAUAUUGUCGGCGAAACACAAAAGAAAGGAUGUUUCGGAUGUACUAUCGUUUGAUGUCAUUUUGAAGACACCUUUCACUUCCAACACUACUAAGCAUUACAUUAUAUUUCCUCAUUUUGUUGGAUCACUUCAUGUUUAUAAAAUUUACUAACAUUCCUAAUGGACUAUUACUAAAGAUAUUUUUUAUUCAGUAUACCACUUGUGAUAGUUAUUAUUAUUAUACAGUAA